AUGAGUAAUUUAUCAUCAAACAAGUUUUUCCAUAUUAUUCAAAAAACUAUUCAAGUUAGUUGAAAGAAUAAUCUUGUGAAUGGUGAACGUACACGUACAAAACUCUAAUUUAUCAAUGGGAAAACGUUGCUGCUGGUCUGCCGCUGGGUGCUAGUUUUUGAGCAUUGGUACCCCUUUUUGCUGGCCUGCCGUGUUCGGUUUUACUGUACACUUGGUCGUCUCCCGUAUCGGAAAACAGUGUUCCGACGCGUCAAACUGUGCGAGUGCGAGUAGUGUGUUGAUGUUUUUUUCGUUCGCUGCGCUGCGCGUACUGUGUAUGUGAACCCUCCUGUGUCGUUUGGCUCGAUUGUUUGGUAAAAAGGAAAAUAAUAAAUUCUAAUCUGUCAUCCGGAGGAGACGGAUCCGAGAAAAUAUAUUUCUGCAACCCGCCGCGCUGCGUUACGUACGUGUGUGACAUUUCCGGUUCAGCACAGGGCGACCGAAGCGCCAUCUUGAAAGUGACCGACGAAGAAGAAGAGUCCGGAAGAUUAAUUGAUAAACAUUUCUGCUGGGAAAUUCAAAUGACCGCCAAGUUCGGUAACAUUACGUGAAGUGACCUCCCUUAGCUUGAAAGGUACAACAGUGUGAAACACCUCCAGUGAUUGAAGGCAAAGUGUUAAGUAAGUGAAUGGCAGUGCGCUUGUGACAGUUUCCCUAUUGUCGGUAUUGUUCAGUGAAAAGGAGAGAAAUUCUCUUCCACCAAAACUAGGCAAGUCAGGAGUAUGAUGAACAUGUAAAAUUGCUCAUUGUUAUUUUCAUAACGCGCAAUUAGCGGUUGAAAAAAAAGAAGCUUCAAAAGGCAGUCCUCACAAAAAGAAGUUAAUAGCUCCCAGAGUUUAAACGGAGAAAGAAACGAAAAAUUGAAUAAAGGAAAAUGUUUUAGAAGUUGCCGCUCGCCUAUCGUUUUCUAAAUAUCAAAUUAAACAAAUAAGCGCUGGCGGAGGCGAAUAGCGAAUGAGCAAGAGCGAGAGCUAGAAAGAGAGAGAGACGGAGCAAAGAGAGGCAGCAAAAACUGAACGCUUAACAAAAAGUGUUUUAAGAUGACUCAUUUGAUUUAAUUGUACGCUCUACUGAAGGAAAUUACUGCACCACUGGAAGUUUUGUGAAGAAGCAGAUCAAUCGAAAAAAAAAAAUAAUACGAAAUCCAUCGACAUUUGGAAAAUAGAGUAACAGUGGUCAUAGCCGUUGAAGGUUGAGAAAAGAGAAAGAGUGUGGAGUUUUUCGACAGAGGCAACUGUUUUGAAAAACGCUAGCCAAAACGUCGGAUCCCACGCGGAGGCUCGAACAUACGGCGUUCAGCAUGUUGACCGACAUGAGUCCGUCGGCAGCCGGACAAUUCUACGGUGCCCAGAUACCGGCCAUGGGCAUGAACAUCACAAACAUCGCGACCCACAUGCAGAAACCGACAGACCAUCCAGGGCUUAGAGGUACACCGUUGGCAAUGCUGGCAGCACAGUGCAACAAACUGUCCAACAAGUCACCACCGCCACUAGCUGACGCUGCCGUUGGAAAAGGGUUUCAUCCGUGGAAGAAAAGCCCCAUCUCUUCCGGACCACAUUCUCCGAACUCCCUCGGAAGUCCACAAGCGGCAACUAGCAGCGCGGCCAGCAACGUGAUACAAUCGAAUCAGAGGACACUGUCGUCAUCGUCUGCUUCAUCCGCUUCGUCGACCGCUAGUCCGAUGGCGAAUUUUACGACGAGUCGCCCAAUAACGUCAUCAUGCGCGGCUUCCUCAACGCCGUCCUACGGUAGUGACUUGUAUUUCCCGGGAGCCACCACAUCGCCGGCUUGUGCCGAAAAUCCGCACAUGCAGCACGGUAUUCUUGGGAAGGUCGAGGGAACGACUCUCGGGUCGGUCUACUCACGGCAUCCUUACGAUUGGCCGUUCAAUGCCGUUUCGGCAGCGACGGCCCACAAGACCGAUAACAUGAACUCCGGCUGGUGGGAUAUGCACGGAGCGGCCGGCGGCUGGUUGGACAUGGGAAGUGCCGGAAUGCAUGCCGCUACCAUGGCAAACUACGCGGCUUCGGCUGCCGUCAGUUCCGACUAUUCGACGCUGACACAUUCUCUAACGAAUACGGCACACCUGCUUGGCACCGGGCAGCACUUGCUGCAGGAUACAUACAAAAGUAUGCUACCAUCUCAGGGCGUCGGUAGCUUCGGCUUGUCACAUACACCGCCGUCACCGGCACCGCCAACGCCGCAGGCUCCGUCUCCUCGCAGUCAGCGUCGCUAUUCGGGCCGUGCCACCUGUGACUGCCCAAACUGCCAGGAAGCGGAACGGCUCGGACCGGCCGGAGUUCAUCUACGUAAGAAGAACAUUCAUAGCUGUCACAUUCCCGGCUGUGGCAAGGUUUACGGGAAAACAAGUCACUUGAAGGCUCACCUUCGAUGGCACACGGGCGAGCGGCCAUUCGUCUGCAAUUGGUUAUUCUGUGGCAAGCGCUUCACCCGAUCCGAUGAACUCCAGCGCCAUCUACGCACACAUACAGCAAAACACGUCAAAACUCACGGAUCAACAACGACCGGUGGCAACGGCAGCGCUGGCACUGGAACGACCAAGAAAAACUCAUCCGACUCGUGCAGCGACUCCGAGGAGACGAACCAAACCGAUCUCCACCAACAGCAGCAACAGCAACAGUCUGGCGGCGGAGGUGGAGCUCCCGGAGGAGGCGGUGUAGGUGGUAGCCCAGGUGCGGCAAACCAUGGCGGCCACGUCAGCGCAAUGCCUCCGGGGAUGACGAUGGGUGGCCACCCCGGUACACUGAGUCAUCCCUCGCAACAACCGGGUACCCCUCACCACCAUGCGCAUACACCUAGCCCCGGUUUGGAACACGUCAGCCAGUUAGACGUCAAACCGGGUAUUGUCUGAGGUAUGCUGGGGGCACCCCUUUUUGGCCACCAUCAGGUCAUGGGCCCCUUUUGAAGAAAAAAUAAAUCCUUACUAUCAGGGUUCUCAUUUAGGCAUGGGUUGCAAAAAAUUUUCACGGGUACAAAAGACUCGACACAUACUUGUGUGCGUCUGGCAGCCCAGGCAAUUUGACAGCAGGGUUGCCAAACGGCAAGAAAAGUAACAGAUCAACAAUUUGUGAUGUCUCUAAAUGUAAAUAAUAAAACUACACCGGUCCCCGGCGACGGGCGCUAUUCUUAUUAUUAAUUAAUGUGUCUAUUCGUAUAUAGUUAAUCUGUUAUGAACAAUUAAACAAACAAAAAAAAAACAAUGAAAACAAACCCACACUUACGUAAUACUGUUAAAUUAUUUGCUAGUGGAAAAGCGAAAACAACCAAUCAUCAUAUUAGAUUAGUGAAGGCAAAGAGCAAAGCGAACGUAAACCGACCGCUCUUAAAAGGGUCGUAAUCGUAAAACCGAAACAAAUUGAGCAGAUCGUAAUAAUACAAUUUAAAACAUAAAAAAGUGUAUAAAUUAUUCGCCCGCUUUCGACCGAGAGGAUAUAAACCUAACCUAGUUUAAACGAAUUCUAAGACACGAACAAAGCGCUAUUUUAUUAUGGAUAUGGAAAAUAAACUCACCCACCCCUUUAGACCAGGUGGAAACUAGAUGCAAACAUCACAUGAAGAAGAAAAAAACUCACUCUAGAAGAAACCAUUCAACUUAUCGUUAUAACUUAAUGUAAAUUAAUUGUAACAUAUCAACUGCAACAACAACAACAUCAAAAAUUCCCCACACGAAAUAAGCAAAGUGGAACAAGGGAUAAAGAGUAAAACACACACACACACAUACACACAAAGAUUAAACUUGCAAGUAAAUUAAAAAACUUCAAUUACAUCAGAUAUAAUUUUCCAAAUUGAUUGAUUCGAUUACGACUGCACACUGCAUUCGGAAAUUGUUAAUCGAAAAAGUGCAAGCUAACGAUGCGACGCACAGGCAAGCAUCGCAUCGCCGGGCUGAUUGUUGUUGUUGGUAAUUCCACGGAUAACCAAUUAACUUUGGUAAUGGCAAGCUAUCCCCCCAGGCAGGUAAAAUGUAAACAAAGUUGAAAAUGAAAGCUUUGCGGUAAGGAGUCAGUGGCAUACAGAACAAAAUAAAAUCAACAAAUUUAAUUGAAACACAGUUGAAGUAAUUGCCCUGACCGUGUGAGCAUGCGGAACAUAAAUUUAUUAAAUAUUUUAAUUAUUCUAAACAAGUGAACACAGAGAUGAAUAAAAAGUUUAAAAUCAAACUGUGAAAAUCGCGAA